UGUUGUGUUGUGUGGGUGGAGCUGCACAGCUGGUCUCUGCCGAAGCUGCGAGGCUCAUCUCUCAUCUCGCAGCUCUCUCUCUCUCUCUCUGUCGAUCCAUUUUCCUGCGACAAGAAUUCCGAAUCCCUCGUCGCCUCGGUCCUGCUCGCGCUCGGUAGACCUCUGGAACUUCCUACCAUAGGUAUAUCAGGUAACAAGCACAAUGUCUGAUGGAGAGGAGACACAUUGGUGCUACCAGUGCAGGCAGCCAAUCGGUCUUCAUAACCAAGAAGUAAUUUGCCCUUUUUGCAAUGGAGGUUUCGUGCAGGAACUGACCGAAAUUAAUGGCUCACCUACUGAAGAAUAUUUCUUGCCUAACUCUGGGGACAUUCCUCCCGGAAUGCCUCAUAUGUUUGAUAUUAUGUAUGCGUUAAUGAGAGAAAGUGGUAUUGGCUCAAGAAGAGGAUUCAGGGGCACUACUGGUUCAAUGAUGAGAGAGCCAAUUGCUGGCCGAAAUCCCAACUUUGAUGUUAGAAGGCAUCUCAAUUCAGUUCCAGAAGAAACACGGGGCACCAUUCCUUCCGGUCCUUUCAUGUCAAUUCACGGUCAAAUACUCGAUUCGGCCUCCCUGCACCAGCGUAGAGCGAACGGACCGAGGGACAAUGACUUCGAUGAUUAUUUUAUGGGCCCAGGACUGGAAGAACUGAUCGAAUUUAUAUCUCUGAAUGACCAGAGAGGUCCAGCCCCUGCACCUCGUUCUGCAAUCGAUGCAAUGCCGACCAUCAAAAUCACCCAGACGCAUCUACAUGCCGAUGCAGAUUGCCCUGUCUGCAAAGAGCAAUUCGAGUUGGGCUCAGAAGCAAGGAUGAUGCCUUGCCACCAUAUUUAUCACUCUGAUUGUAUCAUCCCCUGGUUAAAUCGGCACAAUUCAUGUCCGGUUUGCCGCUUUGAGAUGCCUGCUCAGGGAAGUGAUGGUAGUAGUCAUAAUGGAAUGGGGAACGCUCGGCAAACCCAUGGAAGGAGUCGCCGCCUGUCUUCUCUGUGGCCUCUCUAGCUCUUCAAAUCCAAACAUUUCACUAUGUUCGUAGGAAUCAUGAGGUGGGAGUGAUCUGGAAAUGACAGUUUGAUUACUGAGUGUCCUUUCAUUAGAUAAAUAAGCACAUCCACAACACUAAUGGAAGUAAAGAGAUAAUUCUCGGUGCAUUUGUAUAUAUGGGUAGGUGUGGGAUUUCAUCGCGGACACGAAGUCUUGCAGAUUCUGUUCUGUAUUUAACUCUGUUUCGUUCUUCAAAACACAUCCCUGUUUAAACCUGCUGUUGUUGAAAUAUACCUGCUGCUGCUGGCUUGCU